AUGGAUGAUUCCGUUAACAAUAACACUGAAUUGACAACGCAGAAAAAUGAUGAAAUGGAAGUAGAAGAAAGCGAAAAGGAUUCAAGCUUCUCAAAAACAUUAAGAAGCUAUGUGUGGAAUCACUGCACAAAGCGUACCCCCAACAUUGCUAUAUGUAAUCUCUGUAAAGGUGAAUUCAAUACUACUAGCGGAAGCACAUCUACCCUGCUACGGCACUUAAAUUCAAAACACAAAUCUGCUGUUGAUAAUUAUAAGAUUGAUGUUGAGUCGAAAAACAAAAGCUUUACGAAGGAUUCAUUAAAAGCUAAAGAGAUGACCAAAGCUCUAAGUUUACUUGUAACAGUUGGACUUCAACCAUCCUCAAUUUUAAAUGAGCAGACUUUUAUAAAUUUUACUAAAGUCGCUGAACCGCGGUUUAGCAUCCCUACUGUAGAAGAAUUCUCGAGUAAAAUAAUUCCAGAUUUGUUUAAUGAAGAAAAGGAACGAUUCAAAGAUAUAGUUGGAAAAGAUUUUAAAGAAGGUCAGUUUAAAAAAAUCAAUUUAAGGACAUUCAUCUAA